AUGCGGGGACCAGUGGACGUUGGACUGGCUGGAGGGGAUCAUCUCUUCGAUCAUACCAUGGGAAGGGGCAUCACUGCGCGUGAUUUAUUAAUUUCACUAUCAGACAACGCAGAAAGCAAAUCGAUCAAAGAAAAGAUCAAAAACAUAGUAAACGGAGAACUAAACGUGAGACUGCUCGAUGGCAGCAAGCAAAGGACCAUACACGUACACGGCAUUGAUGACGCCUCAACAAUAGAAGACAUAAUAAGUGCCCUUAACAAAACAAACCUCCUAAGGGACAAGUUUGAAGUAAAAUCUAUGAGACCUAACAGAGGAAACACCCAAUCGGCAACGGUUAAAAUGAGUCCAAGGGACACAGAAAGACUGGUCGAGGAGGGGAAGAUACGUAUAGGAUUUAACAUAUGUAGAAUACAAGAAAGAAAGGACCUAUCAAGAUGCAGCAGAUGCUGGGAAUACGGUCACAGAAACACAAACUGCACUGGUACGGACAGGACGAAACUCUGCCUUAAAUGUGCAGAGGAAGGCCACAUCCGCGCCAACUGUACAAAAGACGCCUUUUGUCCGCUAUGUCAAGUGGGGGGACAUACAGCUGGCACAGUAUAUACUUGUGUUAUUAGGGUAAGAUCAGAGAGAGAACGGGAGAACGCCAAAGAAGAAUACAGAGAAGCAAGAAGGGUCCUGAAAAAGUAUAUCGGCAAAUCCAAGAAACGUGCAUGGGCGGGAUUAUGUAGGGAUCUAGAUAAUGACAUAUUUGGAGAGGCAUAUAAAAUAGUCAAAACCCAACUGAAAAAGAUAAGCCCAAAAAUAGAUUUAACCAAGGAAGAAAAACUAAGGGUGUUCGAAGGCCUCUUCAUUACCCCAAAUAAUAGUGAUAAUAACUGUGAUAAUUACAUAAGAACAACCUGUGAUACAAACUGUGAUAACUUCAGCGAUGAAGAAGUAAUGGCUGCUACAAACAACUUAAAAACAAAGAAGGCACCAGGACCUGACGGUAUCCCACCUGGGGUCAUCAAACACGUAAUAAAGGAAAAUGUCCCCUAUUUUCAAAAGUGUCUCUGCGUAUGUAGUGUCUUUGUUUUCUAUGAUUAUGGCCUCCGUUCUGCCUUUUGUGUUGUUUGUGUUAGUAUUAUUAUUGUUCUUUUGGGUGAAGAGGUGGAUUUCACACCCGAUGUCGUAGAACACUGCUUCGAGCAUCUUUCUGUAUUCCUGAUUUGA